CUAAUUUCUAAAUUAGACGGAGUAAAUUCCUAAAUCUGAUUUAUUACGACGAACAGAGUGAAGACGAACACCGCUCGGCGCCUCGCAUGUUCAGCGACCAACGGACCUCGCCUGCUCGCCUCCAAUCGAACACAGCUCAUGACCAGAGAUCCAAAUCCCAUCUCCAAAUCGCCGGUCAGUUGAUCCAAAAUUCCAUCUCCAAAUCCCUAAUCUUCUCGUCACCGGACCAGAGACCAGAGACCAGUCCUCCAUCUCCUGCUUCGCCUGCUGCCAGCUGCCCUGCUCCGCCGCCUUCGCUCCUCGCAUGCUCCUAGCGACGAACGGUCUCCUCUACUGUGGACGAAGGUAGCUUUUGGUUUGGAAAUCAAGUCCUGCUGACAAUUUUCUGAUUGUUGGCUGUCAAAGAGGCAAAGUUUAUUGAAUUUUAUGCUUGAUUGACUAGUGGUGUGGGUAUUUUAUGAGAUAUGGCUGAGAUUCGGAGUUCUGGGAAGCCAAUUGAUCAAUUGUUGGAGAAGGUUCUCUCUAUGAACAUUCUUUCUUCUGAUUACUUUAGAGACCUUUUGCGUCUGAAGACAUAUCAUGAAGUGAUUGAUGAAAUCUAUAAUCAAGUUGACCAUGUUGAGCCAUGGAUGACUGGCAACUGUCGGGGUCCUUCAACAGCAUUCUGCCUUCUGUACAAGUUUUUUACUAUGAAACUUACUGUCAAACAAAUGCAUGGCCUUUUGAAGCACCCUGAUUCACCAUAUAUCAGAGCUGUGGGUUUCCUAUACUUGAGAUAUCUUGCAGAUCCAAAGACAAUAUGGAGUUGGUAUGAGCCGUAUCUUAAAGAUGAUGAGGAAUUCUCUCCUGGAUCUAGUGGUAGAAUGACAACCAUGGGUGUAUAUGUGCGUGACUUGCUCCUAGGACAGUACUACUUCGAUACACUAUUACCUCGUAUCCCAGUUCCUGUAAUGCGUACUGUUGUAUCCAAUCUUGAGAACAUGAAGCUUCCUACUAAGCCUUCUGGAUCAACUGGGGAUUCUACUCGAGGGUCUGAAGAAACUGCACGCCGGCCACCUUCUGUGAAAGCUUCCCUCUCUGUCUCGUUUGGUCAGCGCGCACCUCAUCGUGCAUCAACAAGAGAUUCAUCUCCUAUCCGUCGUACCUUGACAUCAUCUCCUUAUGACAGGAACGGUGAUGAUGCAAAGCGGUCUCCCAGCUAUCGUCGUAGUCAAAGCCGUGACAUACCUGACAGAGACAGGGAUAAAGACCUGGACCGUGAGAGAGACCGACAGCAUGAUAGGGAUAGGGAUAGGGAUCGCGACCGAGACAGGGAGAGGGGUAGGGAUCGGGAUAGAGAGAGGAGGUAUGAUUAUGAUAGAGAGCGGGAUAGGGAGAGAGGUAGAAGGCAUGAUUAUGAUAGAGAACGGGAAAGGGAUCGAGACAGAAGAUAUGGGGAUUAUGACAGAAGGGGGUCCAGGGAAAGUAGAAGGGAUCAUCAUGAGAGGAGUCGGAGCCGAAGUAGAAGUAGAAGUAAGAGUCAGAGCAUGCAUGAGCGAGGUGGAAGUCUUGAUCAUCGGCGGAGUCCUCCAGCACAAGAUGGAAGCAAAGAGAAGACAUCUGUUUCUAGCAACCUGGCUAAACUUAAAGAUCUCUAUGGUGACUUGGGUAGCAGCCAGAAGGAAGACACAAGCAAUAACAGGAGGGACAGUGGUAUGGAGGAGGUUAUCCGACUCGGUGGCUCUACUUGGAGGUAGAGUAGAACCACCCCCACCCUCAUGCAAGUUUUAUGUUGAGCAGCUGCUUGCUACCUGUUGUCAUUUGGCAUAGCAUCAGUAGCAGCAUGUAUUAUUAGACAACAAAGAUACCAUUUUCUUCCCUGUUAUUUUCAUUGGAUAUUUACAGUUAGUUCCCCACUUGAUGGGGGAAGAAACAUAAUUGUUUGUCUAAUUUUCCAACUUCUAUUGAUCAACUGUGAGAUGGGUUGUACCUUAAUACUCCUCCGUAUCAACUACCAAACAUUAGCUAGCUUAUUUGAGUAAUGGACCCAAUUUUUAUUUUAUAUUUCC